UUUUUUUAACCGGAAGACGAGCCAACUAUCUAGUAAACACUUCGGAGAAGAGGUCGGUGCCUCUUUUUCGAACACAAUUAAACGGAUAUAUCUUGUAAUUGAACAAAAUAAUAAGGUGGCCAAUAACUGGGGACCGUAUGACGAUAAUACUGGACGUAUUUGUUUGCUAAACCGCUUAUCAAAAAGCUGUUAAUAGUAAUGUUUCCACUGAAACGUCAAAUAUGCUAAUUGCUAACCCAUUAACUAACAUUUUUACGCUAACAAUAAUCACAAAACAUUGAUGGCUUGAUCACAGGAUAACACUGUUGAAGGUAAUGUUUAGUAAACGCUGUUGAAUAUGCCGAUAAAACGAAGUUUCAAGCUAAUUGCGUCACGGAAGACAUGAUCAAUCUUGAUUGUGUUAUGUCUGAUUUAAUACGAAUAUGUAGCCUAAAUAUUACCCUACCAAUAAUACAUUUCAAUGGACUGCUUUUACAUGAUAGAUUUAUGAUAGAACUCAAUGACACACACGCCUAUUGGUGAACCAAAGCUGCAAAACUGUCAGUUUAAAUCAACGUAAAUGCAAUGACAUGGCUCAGGGUUUUGAUAAUUCCUUCAAGAUCAGGCACCAAUCCAAACUUUUGCAAGCUACAUCCAAACCAUUGCAGGUGGUGUUACUUGGUAAAACAGGAGCAGGGAAGAGUGCCACAGGAAACACCAUCCUGGGACGCAAAGAUUUUUUCUCAAAGAAGAGUUCCAAAUCAGUGACUGCUGAUAUUGAGAAACAAAAUGUCACCAUUGAAGGAAUAGAUCUUGUCGUGUAUGACACUCCAGGAUUCUGUAACUCCGAUCAAUCUGAAGAGCAAAUUCAGGAGAAAUUCCAGGAAGUCCUAAAGUUAACCUCAUCUGGUCCCCGUGUGUUUCUCCUGGUGGUGAAGAUAGACAGAUUAACAGAAGAAGAGAUGAGGGUCAUCAAUAAAGUAGAAGGUCUUCUAGGAGAGAGUCUUUUGAAGCAAACCUGGAUCCUGUUCACCAGAGGAGAUGAGUUAGAAGACCAGACUAUAGAAGAAUUAAUUGCUGACUCUGUCACAGAAGUGAUGAGAAAAUACAGUGGAAGAUACCAUGUGUUCAACAACAAGAGGGGUGAUCCUGAGCAGGUCAAAUCACUGCUGCAAAAGAUAUCCAUCUGUCUCAAUUCAACAGAUUCAAGGAGCUCCCCCAUCAGGAAUCUCCCAGAGAGAAGGAUGGUUCUGCUUGGAAAAACCGGUGUUGGGAAGAGUGCAACAGGAAACACCAUCCUUGGUGGGACAAGUUUCCAUUCUGAACAGAACUGGUCCUCAGUAACACGUAAAACAGAAAUGAAGCAGGCAGCAGUAGAUGGGAGGGAUGUCAGUGUGGUUGACACUCCAGGACUGUUUGACACACAGCUUCCUGCUGAAGAAUUAGCAAUGGAGAUUGGUAGGAGCAUCUAUGAGUCUAGCCCAGGGCCUCAUGCCUUCCUCAUAGUUUUACGAGUGAAUGACAGGUUCACAGAGCAGGAGAAAAUAGCUUUUGAAACUCUAGAGAGUGUGUUUGGGUCAGGACUGGCAAAGUACGCCAUCAUCCUCUUCACCCAUGGAGAUGCUUUAGAGGGUUACAGUCUAGAGAAGCUGAUUGGUGGGAACAGAGACCUCAGUAGAGUGGUAGAGCAGUGUGGGGGGAGGUACCAUAUCCUCAACAAUAAAGCCAGAGGAAACAGAGCUCAGGUCACAGAGCUGAUGGAGAAGAUAGACAGAAUGGUGGAGGACAAUGGAGGAUCCUGCUACACCAAUGAGAUGUUUGAGGGUGCAGCCAGGAUUAAGAAAGAGGAGGAGGAGAGGAUCCAGAGGGAGGAGGAGAGGAUCCAGAGGGAGAUAGAGGAGAGGAUCCAGAGGGAGAUAGAGGAGAUGUUCAAUAUGGAGAGGAGGGAGAGAAUGGAAAGGAGGGAGAGAAUGGAGAUGAUGGAGUGGAUGGAGUGGAUGGAGUGGAUGGAGAUGGAGAGGGAGAGGAUCCAAAGGGAGAGGAUCCAAAGGGAGAGGAUCCAAAGGGAGAGGGAGAGGCCAAAACAAGAUGACAAGAGCUGUGAAAUCAUGUAA